GACAAGUGGCAGCAGAUCCCAAUGAAGUGCACAGUGGUUUGGUUUAAAGGGUGCGCUGCCUUAGGGAGGCUACCAACUUUUCGAAUACCAUCGGGCAGUAGAGAGAUGGCUGCUGUGGAGAGCAGAGAGUGGUACAUGGCUGCCUAUGCACCCGAGGGAGUUCCAUCGUCCGAUCAUCUCAAACUCCGGACGAUAAAACUUCCACUCGACUCUGACUCAAUCCCUGAUCAACACGUGGUGGUUGAAGUCCUCUGGAUAUCCGUCGAUCCCUUCAUACGCUCCAAAAUGACUGGCAACGACGGAGGCCUGGACUUUCCCCAGUUUGGCCUCGGCGAGGUCCGCAGAUUACAACUCCACCUCAAAGUAAUUACAGAGUUAGCGAUCGGAAGAGUAGUUCGGUCCAAGGACGGAAAAUUCAGCGAGGGGGAUCUUGUGCUCAACGCUUUCUCUCCGGUUGCAGAGUUCUAUGUGGUACCGGCUGCGGUCCUCCGGAAGAUCGACCCAACGGCUGGGGUCGAACUGCCGAAUUAUCUCAGUGCUCUAGGAAUGCCCGGGUUUACUGCAUGGCUGGGGAUAGAGGUGAUCGGAGAAGCCAAGCCGGGAUCGAAUGUAUACAUAUCAGCGGCAGCUGGCGGCGUUGGAAUGUUCGCCGGGCAGUUGGCGAAGCUCAAAGGCUGUCGAGUGGUUGGAAGCGCUGGAUCGGACGAGAAGGAGGAAUUUGGAUACGACGAAGCAUUCAACUACCGUAAGGAGACUGAUUUUGACGCUGCUUUAAGCAAAUACUGCCCUAAUGGCAUAGACAUUUACUUUGAGAAUGUUGGUGGCAAGAUGCUAGAGGCCGUUCUCAAUCAUGUCAACAAAUAUGCUCGCAUUCCCCUUUGUGGUAUGAUAUCUGAUUAUAACACGCCAUGGACAGAGAGAGAAGGGGUGAGGAACCUACUAAACAUGGUAGGUAAAGAAGUGAUGAUGAAAGGGUUUUUGGUCGCUUCAUACUUGAACGGCUACUUCAAACAAGGAAAGAUUAACUCCAAGCACAAGGUUUAUGACGGGAUAGAGUGCUUCCAGGAGUGCUUUGCCUCCCUCUUCACUAGCUCCAAUAUUGGAAAAGUUGUCAUCCAA